AUGGGCGCGUUACGUUGGCAUUAUGUGCAAUUUUCUCGAGGACCUAUUAGCGCGUCGCUCGGGGCUGCAUGCGCUGGGUGCCUGUGCCCCAGUGCUCCAGGGGUUCAAGAGCGCAUCUAUACGGGCGCGUUUGUAGGUCCAGACGGCGCUACUAGGGGCCGGGUGCCGAGGCGGGGCGGCGCGGCGCAGUGCGACGCUAUCGAACGGCCCGCCAAACGCGAGGGGGGAGGGGACGCAUCUGGGGUUGCCGAG